CAAAACAAAAAACACCACAAGGAACAGAAAAUGAAAAUACUAGAAUAUCAAAUAAAAUGAGUUCUAAAAAAGAAAUAUAUAAUAACGCACAAGGAGGUAAUUCAAACAUAUCCCCUGGUCGCCUUAGAUAUUUGGAAAUUCAAAGAAAGCUUUAUAAUGGUAUUGAUGAAAAACAACAAAGGGAGCUUCAGCAUUAUUCAGAUGGUGAAUUUGAUUCUAAGAGAGAAAAAUGUAUGAGCUAUUUUUGUGUUACAAUGACUUUUUUUUAUAUUCCCUUUAUGAUACGUACAUAUUAUAAAAAAAAAAAGCACAAAAACUAA